AAAAUAUGAGUAGCCACAUGUAAAAGUUGCCCCAAUCUGUGUCCUCUUCUAUGAACAACAACUCUUCAUUCGGUUCUAUUCCUCCUUCUCCCGCUUCUUCCAACUCGUCCUCGAUGGCUUCUUCUGAACAACUCGUUCUCGAACUCAGCAAUCCCGAACUCCGUGAAAACGCUCUUCUCGAACUCUCCAAGAAGAGGGAGCAAUUUCAAGAUCUCGCCCCAUUGCUAUGGAAUUCAUUUGGUACUAUUGCAGCACUACUGCAGGAAAUUGUUUCAAUAUACCCUGUUUUGUCUCCUCCCAACCUCACUCCAGCACAAUCAAAUCGAGUGUGCAAUGCUCUUGCCCUGCUCCAGUGUGUAGCAUCUCACCCUGAUACAAGGAUGCUAUUCCUGAAUGCGCACAUUCCUCUGUAUUUGUAUCCGUUCCUGAACACAACAAGCAAAUCCAGACCUUUUGAGUACUUGAGGCUUACUAGUCUUGGUGUCAUCGGUGCACUAGUGAAGGUUGAUGAUACUGAGGUUAUUAGUUUUCUGCUUUCGACUGAAAUAAUUCCCCUGUGCCUGCGCACUAUGGAGAUGGGGAGUGAGCUCUCCAAAACAGUUGCAACGUUUAUUGUUCAAAAGAUUCUGUUAGACGAUGUGGGCUUGGACUAUAUUUGUACUACAGCUGAGCGCUUUUUCGCUGUUGGUCGAGUUCUUGGAAACAUGGUGGCAGCUCUUGCUGAGCAACCAUCAUCUCGUCUGUUGAAGCAUAUCAUUCGAUGCUAUCUUCGUCUGUCAGAUAACCCGAGGGCUUGUGAUGCAUUAAGAAGCUGUCUUCCUGACAUGUUAAGGGAUGCUACAUUCAGCAGCUGCCUUCGUGAGGACCCAACAACUAGGAAGUGGCUGCAACAACUGAUUCACAAUGUUGGAGGGAAUCGGGUUCCUGCACUGCAAGGUGGAGGAGGUUUUGAUCAUCUAAUGGUGAAUUGAGUAUAAACUAUGGAAUUGUGUAUUCGUGUACUAAAACUAUAUAAGAAGACUUUAAUGUUUAUCAAAUAAAUUUAUUUAGGCAUUGUGUAUUUGUGUACUAAAACUAUAUAAGAAGACUUUAAUGUUUAUCAAAUAAAUUUAUAUUUUUUCUAGUC